ACCUAAAAUUAAAUUACAGAAAAUAAAAACACAAGGAGGUUUAGGGGGAGAGAAUCUCUUCCAAAUCACAGUCGACGGAGUCGCCGAGAUUCCAGGUUUCCGUCACUCCAACCACACUCCAAUCCUCAUCGGCUGUUUUAAUAUUCCCUAAUGGAACAAUUUCGUGUUAAGCAAGAAAUCACAGAACCACCACUAAUCAACAACAACAACAACAGCGAAUCUUCCAAACGAAAUUCCGUUUCAAGCACUCCGGUGAUCGAUCUCGACAGCUCCGACAACGAUUCAUCCACUUCCGCCAACCGAUUUAGCAAUAGCAAGAAAGCUAGGGUUUCGAACAAUGAGAAUAGGAAGAAAUCCGGAGACGACGUCGUUUUGCCGGCCGGUUUUCUCGAUCCGUUGCCGCCGAAGGAGGCGGCGCCAGUGCCACGUGUCGCCAAUGAAGCUGUGGCUCCGAGCUGUAGGAAUUUUUGGAAGGCUGGUGAUUUUGAUGAGGUUUCGGAUGGUGAUUGGGAUACAGCGUCUGGUGGCAUGGAUCACGUAAGGGUUCAUCCUAGGUUUCUACAUUCGAAUGCAACUAGCCAUAAAUGGGUUCUUGGUGCCUUUGCAGAACUUUUGGACAAUUCACUAGAUGAGUUUUGUAACGGGGCUACGUAUGUUAACAUUGAUAUGCUCAGAAACAAGAAGGAUGGAAAUAGAAUGUUGUUAAUUGAAGAUAAUGGUGGCGGGAUGGACCCAGAUAAGAUGCGACAAUGUAUGUCUCUCGGGUAUUCUUUGAAAAGCAAGGUUGCAGACACUAUUGGACAAUAUGGUAAUGGUUUCAAGACAAGUUCCAUGAGGCUUGGGGCUGACGUUAUUGUUUUUUCACGAUGCUCUGCGAAAGAUGGAAAAAGGUCUACACAGAGCAUUGGACUCUUGUCCUACACAUUUCUACGAAGCACUGGAAAGGAAGAUAUAGUAGUUCCCAUGCUUGAUUACGUAAAAGAUGGCGGGGAAUGGAAGAAAAUCAUACGGUCAUCACCCGGCGACUGGAACAUGAAUGCUGAGGCCGUGGUUCAAUGGUCUCCGUUUUCAAGUGAAGCAGACCUCCUGAAACAGUUUGAUCAUAUGAGGGGCCAGGGCACACGCAUAAUCAUUUAUAAUCUAUGGGAAGAUGAUCAAGGACAACUGGAACUUGAUUUUGAUGCUGAUGAAGAAGAUAUUCAAAUAAGAGGCGUUAAUCGAGAUGAGAAGAAUAUACAAAUGGCUAAUAAGUACCCAAACUCUAGACACUUUCUAACAUAUCGACAUUCACUUAGAUCUUACGCAUCUAUUCUCUAUCUAAGAAUUCCUCCUGGAUUCCGGAUGAUUCUUCGUGGAAAAGAUAUUCAACAUCACAAUAUAGUAAAUGAUAUGAUGAUGACAACGGAGAUCACAUAUCGUCCUCAGCCUGGUGCUGAUAAAGUUUCCAAGGAUUCAAGUAUAGUUGCAGUUGUUACCAUGGGGUUCGUCAAAGAUGCUAAAGCUCAUAUUGACGUUCAAGGAUACAAUGUUUAUCAUAAAAAUCGACUCAUUAAGCCAUUUUGGAGACUCUGGAAUAGUACAGGAAGUGACGGUCGUGGAGUAAUAGGUGUGUUGGAGGCUAAUUUUGUAGAACCAGCUCAUGAUAAACAAGGAUUCGAGCGCACCAUUGUUCUUUCAAGACUUGAAACACGUCUUAUUCAGAUGCAGAAGACAUAUUGGCGUACUUACUGCCAUAAAAUUGGAUAUGCUCCAAGAUUCAGUAAGAGCAGCAUGGUAGAGGAUAAAGAAGAUGACUAUAUGUAUGAGACUUCUUCUAAAAAGAAGAAAGCUGCAUCAAAACCGCCGGUUUCUUCUUUUUCAUACAAAUCUUCUGCAAAUAAACAUCAGAAACUAGGAUCUGGUAACGGUUUCGGGGAAAAUGGAAAUAAUCUUCGAGGGAUGUACGGGGAAGGUCCAAGUACCCCAAAGUUUACACUGUUGAAUGAAAAUAUUCAUGAUGAUGACAGUUCUCAUAAAGAGUUUACCCCAAAAGGUUUUUCUCAUUCAGCACGUUAUACUCAACAUCCUGCAAAUUCUGAAGCUGGGCAAGAUUAUUCCCCUUACGGAAAAUCUAUGCAAAUCGUCACACACACUCAGCCAAGGUUUCAGAGUGUUGUUGGAAAUGGAGGUACGCCUGAUUUAUAUCAAUUGGUGGAAGAGAACCGCCGAUUAAAAGAACAGUUGGAAAGGAAGGAUGAAGAUAUCUUAGCUGAACUUCUUGGUGAUUUAGAACGAGAAAGAAAUCGUCGCAAGGCCCUUGAAGCUCAGAUUGAAGAAGCAAAAGAAAAAUCUGAGCAUCUAAGCAAGGAGCAAGAAAUUGCAAUCGACACUUUUGCAGAAGAAAGAGAGAUGCGAGAAAUGGAGCAAGAUGCUUUAAGAAAGAAGUUGGAGGAGGCAACCGCUGCCAUCCAAGAAUUAGUUCAGCGAGUGAAACAGUUAGAUUUGGAGAAGAUCAAAAGCCACAAAUGGAGCGGGAGUAAAUACAUGUCUUGAACAUUUGUAGUUGUUUUUGAUUAUAUAAUCGUAAAUAUAACUAUUUCGACAUAGUUAGGUUUAAUCUCCGGUGUAGGUUUCAUGUUUUCGAUUUAGAGUAGAGAGGCUCUAUCUGGAUGUAGAUAUACCUUAACUAACGGUUGAUUCUAUCAAAAUUCAACAAAUUUUUAUACUUU